CUCCCUCACUCUGCCCUCUCUUCUUUCCACUUUCUACCGCUCUGUCUUUCUCUGUCAAAUCCUGACACAUACACACACAUACACACACACACACACACACACAUAUGCACACAAGAUGGACAUCCUGCUGGAAGUAGCCGCUCCAGAGCCCACCCUCCCUGGCGAUCUCUGCCCAGCUGGGGUGGACCUCUGUGGGGAGAGUGGCCACAGUCUCUCCCUGUCCUGCGCGGAGGAGCUGGAGCCCGACCGCUGCUGCUGUGAGUGUGGGGCGCCCGGGACGAGCGUGGGGUACAGAAGCUGUCACUGUCGGGACACGGCGCAGGACUGCGAGGGGGAGAUAGAGAGAUUUGUGCUUCAAUUCAAGGAGAGGUCCUGGAAUCAUCACCUCAUAAAGGAAGCCAGCCAGUCAGCAGCCCAACAUAUACUGAGCCAGUCUGAGCAGACGGAGAGCCAGAUAAAGGAGCAGUUUGAGAAGCUUCAUCAGUUCCUGAGGAGAGAGGAGGAGGCGCGGAUAGCCACGGUGAGGGAGGAGGAGGAGCGGAAGAGGAAGAAAGCGAAGGAGGAGUCCGAGAAAAUGGACAAACUGAUUCAGGCGCUCACAGACACCAUCAAAGACAUUGAGACAGAGCUGGACGAAGACGAAAUCUCAUUUCUGCAGCACUAUGAGAAAACUAUAAAAAGAACAUGGAAAGAUCUGCAGCAUCCAGAGAAGAGUUACGAUUCCCUGAUCGAUGUCCCCAAGCACGUGGGCAACCUGAGGUUCAGGGUCUGGGAGAAAAUGAAGGAGAUCUGUCCUUACUUCCCCGUGAGUGUGGACCCAAACAGCGCCUCCUGUAGUCUCGCGGUCUCUGGCGCCCUCACCUCCAUCUGCUGCAGUGGCACCAGUCCUGCUCCACAGCACCCCCUGCUGUCCCCCGCAGACGCUGAGCGCUUCCACCCUUACGCUGCUGCCCUGGGCUCUGAGGGUGUGACCUCUGGGCUCCACCAAUGGGACGUGGAGGUGGGCGACAGCGCCAACUGGACACUGGGCGUGGCCUACGCGUCCGUCAAGCGGCGUGAGGAGUUUGAGGCGUGCCCGGAGGCGGGCCUGUGGACGGUCGGCCUACGGGACGGCGUCUACAUGGCGAUGAUGUCGCCGUGCGAGGUCCUGCCGCUGGACGAGGAUCGCCGGCGGCCGCGGGUGGUCAGAGUGCGCGUGGACUGCGACGCUGGGCAGGUGUGUUUCAGCGACGCUGAGCGGGACACACACCUGUUCACGUUCACGCACACCUUCACCAAGCCGCUCUACCCGUACUUUGAGACCAUCUGUAAGGAGCGCCACCUGGUGGUGAGGCCGCAGAGAAUCCACGUGCUAGUGGAGGAACUUCAGCCGCCAGAACAGGACCAGCCAGCAGAGACCACGUCUGAGGAAGAGGAGCCUAAUUCCUGAUUUGUACUAGUUAUAAAUUUGCCCUUUGUGUGUUGAUUUUGAUUUGUUCAGUUUUUGGCCUUCUGAGUUCCUGAGUCAUGUAUGAUAAAUGUUGCCUUUGUGUUAACACUGGAUUUGUUAAAGGAAUCAUGCCACCGGAAACCUUUUUUGUCUGUAUUUGGAGAUUAAUUUUCUUUCUUUCCGUUUGUGUGGCCAUUUUCUGAACAAAUGUGGUACACUCUCUAAUAUACACAUGAUGAACGUUGA